AUGAUAGAGGUUAACGGUGACAUCCAUCCCUCGGAAAGGGGGAGGGGAGCGAGGCGCUCGGUGACUGUGCGCUUGGACGGCGACCAGGGACAAGCGCAGCAGCCAAAUGGGGCUGGGGGCGGGGGCUUUUGGAAGAGUGCAGAGGAGAGUGUUCCCGGCUCCGAGGAGAAGCCCCGAGAGAGGAGCAGGGGGUCGGAGAAUCCGGAUGACCGAGGCCACCUCGCCCUGACACCGGCGGCAGCAUCCCGGCGUUGGGGACAAGCGCGGGGGUGCUCCGGCCGAGGCGGGCUCGCUGGAGGGAGGCAGGAGGGCACGGACCUGCAAAGAGUUGGUCAGUCACAACUCCCCCGUCUGCGGCGGCUGCUGGUUGAUGGGUCCGGAAAUCUCUUGAAGGUGAAUCCAAGCAAGAUAAACGGUGGAAGCGGCUCCGCUGGCAGCGCACAAUGCCCCAGCGCGGCGCCUGCUGAGGGCGAGCCGGAGCCACAGCCACAGCCCGAGCCACAGCCGCUGCCGGAGCCGCAGCCCAAGCCGGAGCCGCCGCCCGAGCCGGAGCCGCAGCCGGAGCCGCCGGAGCCGCAGCCGGAGCCGCCGCCGGAGCCAGAGAAGGGGCAGCCGCGGCGCCGGGCACGACGCAGCUCCGGCGGGAGCCGGGAAACGAUUUCUGCCAGCGGGACGCCGGGGAGCCGCCCGCCGCGGCGCGGAGCCUUGGAGGAGCGGGCCGGGAGCUGAGGGGGGCGGAGGAGGCGGAG